GCCCCGAACGAGAGAGAGUGUCUCCUCGCGCCUUCGUGUAUGCAGCAGCGUCUACUGACUGCUCUCUCUCUCUCUUUCUCUUUCUCUCUCUCUCUCUCUCUCUCUCUCUCUUACUAUCUUUCUCUCUCUAUACCUAGUACCUACUGUCGUGGCUGCUGGAGAGAGAGAGAGAAAGAGCUGAGAAGGAGAUAAAGAACACGUACAUCGGGGGAAACACGUUCGAGCGUGUCGCGUCAGGACGACGUCGGCGACGCGGGCCCUGCGCUAGUGCAGUGUAUAUAUAAGGCCCCUAGCGCGCAUACACUGUGUUAUAAGCAUACAUUCCCGUACACAUCUCAGUCGCGUUCUGUGUGCGACACUUGUGCGCGCUGCAGCGGCAGAGAGACAUCACUCUUGCGCGACUCGUUGCCGAUUUUUUUCGAUUGUGCGCGCAGAGAAAUCGGUUCUCUUAUUCUUCAAGCACAAGCAGUGUACUCACCUAUUUAUCGUAUAGAGGCUGGAAGGAGCGUCUAUAGUGCGGCUUUGUAGUGCGUAUUUUCCUCGCCGUGGGUUCACCAGUGCGCCGCGUUGGGCCUCGUGUAUAGCUUUUGUCUGUCUGUCCCCGACAAGCGAGAGGAGAAGGAGAGAAGAGAAAGAAGAGAGAGAAAGAGAGACAUACGGCGCUCCUGGAACGCACGGACUUCGUUCGGGUCUCUCCUUCUCGUGGGAAUUCGCGCAGACGAGAAGAGAGUCAAUGACAGGAGUUUGUUGAUCGGUGAUGCAGGGCGUAAUGCCAGUAAAAACUAAAUCUCGGUUGGACAACAUGGGCGUCGCUGGGGGUCUGGUCGACGCCAGAGCAAAGCAAGUGCUGAAGGAAGCAGUCGACGCAGUUGUUAACAGCUUCGCCAAACACACACAGGGAUACGGAAGAGUCAACGUGGUAGAAGCUCUUCAAGAGUUUUGGCAAAUGAAGCAGAGCCGAGGCACCGAACUCAGAAACGGAGCUCUCGUGAUUUACGAAUCCGUGCCUGGAGCCAAUCCGCCAUACGUAUGCUACGUGACAUUACCAGGUGGCUCGUGCUUUGGAAGCUUUCAGAAUUGCCCUACCAAAGCCGAAGCUCGCAGAUCAGCCGCGAAAAUAGCGCUGAUGAAUUCGGUCUUCAACGAACACCCGUCGAGGAAGAUAACCGACGAUUUCAUAGAGAAAGCUGUAGCAGAGGCGAGAGCCAGCUUUUCCAAGCCAUCCGUUGCGACUAAUGGAAUAAGUAGCCAGUCCCAGGUAUAUAAGGGCAAGGUGGACGACAAAGAGGAUCCAAACACUGGCAUCGGGGCGUUUCGCUUCAUGCUAGAGUGCAACCGGGGUCGGACGAUGCUGGAAUUCCAAGAGCUGAUGACGGUCUUUCAGCUGCUCCACUGGAACGGCUCGCUGAAGGCGAUGCGCGAGCGACAGUGCAGCAGGCAAGAGGUGGUGGCCCACUACAGCCACCGGGCCCUGGACGACGACAUGCGCAGCCAGAUGGCCCUGGACUGGGUGGCGCGCGAACACGAGAGCGGCGGCGGUGUCGUGGCCAUGGAACUCGCUGUGGCGGAGCGCGAACUCGAGACCGCCAGACUCGCAGGUAGAGAGCUGCGUUUCCCCAAGGAGAAGAAGGACAUACUGAUGCUGGCGCACGCCCAGGUCUGCCCGCAGUGACGCGUAGUCUAGCUCUAUUCCACUAUUGUAUUUUUCGUAUCGCACGAGAUUCUUACGAUUUUUUUUUUCGGUCUUUAGAUUGACCGGGGCUUGAUUUUGUUGCGUUGAACUAUAGACGUAUACUCUGAAAGACGUACUACUAGAACUUACUUUUCUAGAGACCCGUCAUUUUUUAUUUUAUCCGGCGUUAGCGCGAAUAAGGUGCAAAUAAAAUCAAAGCAACGCAAGAAAAUUCAAGCGUGUAUUCCCGUAAUCAUUGAUGAAAACAAAUCGGGUGAUAUUUCAAAAAGAUCUCUUGAUAUCCGAGGUGCUUCCAAGUAAUUAUUAUCGGCUGCUUUUUCGAAUUUCAUCACAAUAACGUGUACAUACAUACAUGAAUCUUAUUCACAAGUUUCUUCAUCAUUUGUAUUCUAAUCAAAGCAAUCAAUUUGCUCGUUGAGUUUUAGCUGCUUCAAGUAACGUUGUUAAGGAUAGAUUUAUUAUAGUUAAGCUAGCUCCAGUGCGAGUGUAAUGUUUUUAAAACGAAUUCGAUCAAUAUAAAGUCUUAUAUUGUGGCCAAUUAAACUAUAUUUAUUAUGUAAUAUUAUGCGUUUGUUUUUUUUUUUUGGAUCUGAAAAUUAAAUUAUUGGCCCUGUAGGAGUUUAUAAAUGAAAAUUUUUAGUAUAUUAUAGUGUGUCUUCACAUUUAUAUUAUUAAUCGCAAAAGUUGUGAUAUGUACGAUUGUAUACGUGCUUAUAUAGUACUAUUAUCCAAGACUGCAAUUGUGUAAUAUAUCUUACACGUACGCCACAUGCUAAAUUCUUUCAAUUACAAUUUAUAUUUCUUUAAUAUAAAUGUGAGAAAGGUCGAGAACAAUUUGGCUUGAUUGCAAUUAAAUAAAAUAAAUACACUUUAUACGACAAUGUU